GUGUGCGAAUAUGCUGUCGCUUAUGAGGGAAGUAGAAUGAGUUUGAAAACAGAUAAUUGCAGCUUCACCAAAUAUGAAGAAUCUGCUGCUAAACGGGGUCGUAAGAACCGAUCAGCGGUCGAAGAUGCGAAAGUCAAUGGAACGCUAAAAAAAGAUACAGAAGAAGUUGAUGAAACAACUGUUCUAUAUGUGCCGGAUAAAGAUGGAGUGAAAGAUGGACAUAUUAGGCUGAAACAGCUUCGUAUGCCCGACACUCAGUCUGUCGGUACCUCAAUGUCAUUGGUUGGCGCUGAGCCUAAUGCUCUACGGGAGCGAGAUGGAUCGACUUGUAAUCUUUUUGAAUCAGCUCAAGGAAGUCCGCGGGUGACUAGUCCCACAUCGCCUGCAUCAGACGCAUAUAAGGCCAGCUUUGAAGAAGCUACUCGUGAUGCCAUAGUCUCACAGAAAUGUAAGUUGUUUCUCUAG